CGCCAAGGCCCCGCGGACUGAAAACUUCGCAUGCGCAGAUUUCAUCCUCGACAAGACCGAUCAUCGACAAGCCGCCGCCCGCAGCAAAACGCCCAGCCCAACACAGGCAUCCCCGCCAAAACCUCAGGGGCGGAGCCCAUCAGCCAUCAAUCGUUGAUUGGCUCUGUAUCUGCGUCGUGUGGGUGAGACGGGCACGCCCCGAAACGCUGGUCCAGCUGCCCGCUACCGGCGACGCAGCCUUGCUGACGCCCUGGACAGGCGUGUUCGGCCGAUCGCCCUAGACAGAGGACGGGCGGCACGGGAUACCUGCAUAGCCGUCGUUUGUCGGGUCUGCCAUAGUUGGGGGGUUCAGCUCGCUUAACAGGGCCGGCCUUCGCAGCCUCUGUCGGCGUGUGCAAGUUGCCAGUUUGGUGCUGCGAUAAAAAGAUACCAAACAACAGCAGGCCGGCUUUGAAUGCACUUGACGCUACAAAUUCGCUGUCGUGCUAACAGGGGUGGAUCAAAUAUAGGCGGCCGCCCGUAGGGAGCGAGGAGACGGCUGCAGAGGUGCAUCCUAGGGUGCCACUGCUGUUGUCAGCCGAGACAGAAAGGGGCAGGGGUGGAAGGAGAGAAGCGGGAGGAGAAAGGACAAAAGGAAGAAGAAAAGAAAAGAAAACGAAAAGAAAAAUGCCUGCCAUGAUGGACGACCCCUACACCCCUACUAUAUACCGGGUGUCGGGGGAGCCCCCCUUUCCGGACCCCCAGAACCCCUCGCUGCCGCCAACCAUAGUCCCGCGGCAGGUCACGCUCCGGGACCGGCAGACGGUGGCCACCAUCGUGCCGUUCGCGUCGCAGCUCCAGGUGCCCCUGACGCUGCUGCAGUACCUGAGCGACCAGUUCAAGAAGGAGGUCGAGGGCGGCGACACGUAUCCCAUGAUCGAGCCCAUGCCCUUCGACCGCUUCGCGUCGUACUGGUUCCAGAACUUUGGCGGCGUCAUGCUGCUAGGCAGCAUCGGCAGCGCCGACGAGGUGGUCGAGGGCAAGGACUGGGCGCGCGAGUGCCUCGGCAGCUUCUACAUCAAGCCCAACUACCCGGGCCGCUCCAGCCACGUGUGCAACGCCGGCUUCCUCGUCACCGACGCGUCGCGCAACCGCGGCGUCGGCCGCCUCAUGGGCGAGACGUACCUCGAGUGGGCCCCCAAGCUCGGCUACACCUACUCCGUCUUCAACCUCGUGUACGAGACCAACGUGGCCUCGUGCAAGAUCUGGGACGGGCUCGGGUUCAAGCGCAUCGGCCGCGUCAAGGGCUGCGGCAACCUCAAGAGCUACCCGGGCCAGCUCAUCGACGCCAUCAUGUACGGCCGCGACCUGGUCGCCUCGGACGCCGACGACUUCGUGAGUGAAGAGCGUUUCGACAAGAUCAAGUUCUACCUCAAGUUCGGCAAGUACCCCAGCGGGGCUGACCGCGCCGAGAAAAGCAGGCUCCGGAGCGCCGCCACCCACUAUAAGCUGCUCGACGACGACCGCCUCAUGCUCAAGGGCAAGGAGGUCAUCUCGGACCCCCGCCGCCAGUACGACAUCUCGCGCCAGGUCCACAUGCUGCAGCACGGCGGCAUCAACCGCACCACCGCCACCAUCGCCGAGAAGUACCACUGGAGCCGCAUCAAGGAGACCGUGUCCGACGUCAUCAGGAACUGCACCGAAUGCAAGGAGCUGGGCAAGACGCCUUCUGCAGCAUCCGCCACGGCAGCAGGGGCUUCGGCUGCUGCUGUUAUCAUAGCCGCAGCCUUGUCCGGGAGCGUGUCUGCAAGUCACAUACGUAAUGGUGGCACUCAGCCUGCUUCGGGGACUUCCAAGGCUCAUCCCAUGGCCUCUGUCGGCACCACCGCCGCCACUGCCGCUAUGAACGGCACCUCAAUCGGUCUCGGUCCGCAGAAGACAUCCAUGUCGAUGAUGUCGGGGAAGGCAGGGGCUGCCAAGAAUUUCCUCGCCACGGCUCUCAACGAACCCUCGUCCCGGGCAACAUCCCAUCUCCCUCUGGGCAGCACACGCGCGCGGCAGCAGCAGCAGCAGCAGCAGCAGCCAUCCGACUCUAUACAUCACCGCCGCCCACCCGCAGACUCUGGCGGCGGGCCACCCGAAUCUUCGUCGCACGCGACACACCCCCAGCACGCAAUGUCGUCCUUCACCAUACCAUCCUCAACCAUGGCCUUCGCCGACCCGUCCGCCAUGACCGUCAUGUCGCCGGCCGAGAUGCUGCACGCGUCGCGCGGCCUGCGCAUGUCGCGGCAGCCCGCCGCCAUCCCCGGGGGCCACAACCCGAUGCUGCAGGACCAGCCGCACAGCAGCGGCCUCCACCCGCACCACCACCACCACCACCACCACCACCCCCACCACGCCUCCGUGGCCGACUACGACCAGCCCAUCGACCCGCAGAUCAUCAGCCAGCCGUCGUCGCACCACCACCUCGCCCACCACCCGCACGACCCGGACCCGAACUCGGACCCGUUCAGCCCCUUUGACGGCAGCCACCACCACCACCACCACCACCCCGAUCCGGAUCCGUUCCAGGCACUGCUCAGCCACGCCGCCGUCGCCGCCGCCGCAGAGGAGCACCACCAUCAUCACCACCAUCACCUCGACCAUAUGAGCCACCAUCACCACCACCACCACCACGACUCGGACGGCGCCCACGGCACCCCUCAGAGCCCCGGGUCCUCGCCGCCCGACGACGGCGGCGACGACAAGAUGGAGGACCGCGAGGCCGUCGACCGCGACAUGGACAUGCUGAUCGAGCAGCAGGACGACGACGAAGACGGCGGCGGCGGCGGUCACGAAAACGCCGGCGCGGACGGGGUCGCGGUGGGGGCGGCCGCACGCGAUGCCGGCAUGGAACUCGACGCGGCGGCGGCGGCGGCCACCGGUCCCGAGGCGUCCAGACUGGCAUGCGCGCCCGGCGCGGUCCGAUAGCGCGGGCGGGCAAGGGAGGGGGAGGGGGGAGUGAAUGGCCGGAAGGGAAAGGUGGCGUUUAGCGGAUACCAUAUGGGGACUACCUAGGUAUCUACGUUGGGCUAGCGGUCCGCCUGGGUUUUCCCAGAGUAAUGUUUGCUUUCAGAUCUCUUCAUAUCAUAUCAUACCAUAUAUAGACCGACAUGCCGUCACCGCCGUUUUUUGUUGGCUUGGAAAUAUGGCUGACAGAAUCAUAAAGUCGUUUGAGGACAGCGAGUGCAUCCCC